AUGCUCUAGGAUUUUAAAUUUUUUAUCCUAUUAUGAUCUGGUUCGAGUAUCUGAUGUUCUGGUUCCUUCUAGGGUUUUUCUUACCCUGCAAAUCGUGCGAAAUUGCUGAAUUACUUUUUGUUUUGUUGUAUUAAUAAUAUUUUUGAAGUUAGAAAAAAUUAACGCUUUGAUUAAUUUAAUUAUUUAGAGGUGCUGUAAUGGCAAGCUUCAAAAACUUUCCUCGUACUUGUAAUUACAGACGACUUUGUUGGGAAUUAUGUAUCCCGGAGUUUAUUUGAAUUAAGAAAUUUGGCAUCGGGUCAGCUUCUUCGAUGGCUUUAUUGCUUUCAUCAAAGAGUGCUUGUUAGCUUUCAUGUGCUGUUGCAUAGCGAGCAUCCAAAUUACGGUGCUCGUCUAAGGGAACCGCUGAAGGCAUGCUUUGCUUUUUAUAUGUACACAAGAAAUUCACUCAACAGUACAAAGCUACGAUAGGUGCUGAUUUUGUCACCAAAGAGAUUCAGAUUGAUGAAAGACUUGUAACUUUACAAAUAUGGGACACAGCGGGUCAAGAAAGAUUUCAGAGUCUUGGUGUUGCAUUCUACAGAGGAGCUGAUUGCUGCAUCCUAGUUUAUGACGUUAAUGUUCUUAGGUCAUUUGAUACUCUUGAUAAUUGGCACGAUGAGUUUCUUAAGCAGGCUAGUCCUUCUGAUCCUGGUACAUUUCCAUUUAUUCUUGUCGGAAACAAGGUUGAUGUUGAUGGAGGGAACAGCAGGGUGGUUUCUGAGAAGAAAGCAAAAGAAUGGUGUGCUUCCCGUGGGAAUAUACCUUACUUUGAAACUUCUGCGAAGGAAGAUUUCAAUGUUGAUUCAGCUUUUCUUCAAAUUGCAAAAAUGGCACUGGAGAAAAACCGUGAUCAUGAUAUGUAUAUUUGGACAAGGAAAUGGUUGUACCAUGUAAUAGAGGGAACUUUUGCUGUAAUUUUUCAUAUGAACGAUGGAUCCAUCAUGAGAAAGAUAUUUCCAGAACAUCCCAGAACCUAUUUUAGAACCAGAGCCUGGAAGAGGAUGCUCCUGUUAGCUUGGAGAAAUAAUUAGGUGCCGACUACGUACAUUAUCUUUUAUGUAUGUGCGGAGUAUUGGAGUACUCACUACUUAAAAAAAAAAAAAUAGAGCAUAUAGUGAGUAAGUAAUUGUGUACUCUCAUUAUUUCCAUAUAACUAUGCAUGAAAUCCACUACUAAUGAUUUCUCGUUUGCUUUGAGCUACUUUUGCCAUCGUCUGGUUGACAUUUGAUCGAUUAUGUUAUUUUUUGCUCCAAUUAUGAAACUGUAAUUUUGAUCAUUCUUUAUACGUUAUAUAAGAAAAGUACUACUUUUACCA